GCGACCGACCAGCUCAUCAAACCUGUAUCAGUUCCUACAGAAGCGAUCUUAAGUUAACACGCGGGGCAAGUACGAAUGCAAGAAGUAAACAACUUCGUUAGUAUAGUUUAGACAUGGCUUGCAAAAAAAUAGGCAAUUUAAGCCAUACAAUGUGGCAAAAAAGUUCUAGUUGCAGAGUUGCGCUCUGCACAGGAUUGAAUAUUCCUGCUUUUGCUUGUGGAAGCUUCGCCUCGCCUGGUUCAACAAUAAACGGGCAAAAAUGCUGCAAAGAUGGACAGAACUGUGGACCGACGAAACAUUUGGCAGCUAAUCAUAACCCCGUUGGAGCUGCAGUCACAUCGCACAGACACCAAAUCGUGGGCAAAAAUAGAGGCGAAGAAUCCCUAACCAAGUCUGGCAGGGCUUUCUCAUCUACGGCCCCGCAGAUUAACAAUAAAACGUACUUGUGGGCGAGAUAUAAUGAGAUGAAACGGCUCGUGCACGAUUUGAUUCCUCCUGGAGUGUGCAAUCUUCUGAAUCCUUCCACUAUCUAUGCCAACAAUGAGGUGAAUCUGGAAGAGGUGGACAUCUACGGCUUUGACUAUGAUUACACGCUAGCUCUCUAUUCCAGCGCGCUGGACGAGAUGAUCUACAACAAGGCGCGAGAGUUUCUCGUUCAGCACUACAAGUACCCUGAGGGAAUCAGUAAGUACGACUACAUUCCCAACUUUGCAACUCGGGGCCUUCACUACGACAUCCAAAAGGGACUUCUCAUGAAAAUUGAUGCCUUCCAUUACAUCCAGUUAGGCACUGUUUAUAGGGGUCUAAAGCCUGUCCCUGAUGAGGAGGUUAUGAAACUUUAUGGAGGUUCAAAUCAUGUUCCGCUCCACCAAGUCAGUGGAUUCUAUGGCAAGGGUCCCAAAAUGAAACAGUUCAUGGAUGUUUUCUCCAUCCCUGAGAUGACUCUUUUGGCAGCUGCGAACGAUUACUUCAUUUCAAACGACAUAGAGUACGACCCUGUGCAUCUCUACAAAGAUGUGUCAGAUGCAAUUGGAAUGGUGCAUAUAAAGGGUUACAUGUACAAAUGGAUCAUGCAAGAUCUUGAGAAAUACAUUCUCAGAGGAGACGAGACAUACGCUGUGUUGCACCGGCUGGCCAGUCAAGGAAAGAAACUUUUCCUUAUUACCAACAGCCCCUUCAGCUUUGUUGAUAAAGGCAUGAGGUACAUGGUUGGAAAGGACUGGAGGGAAUUUUUUGACGUUGUCAUCGUUCAAGCUGACAAGCCUCAUUUUUUUAAUGACUGCGUAAAACCAUUCAGACGUUUGGACAGCAAUGGAGACUUGCAAUGGGAUAGGAUCAAAAGUUUGGAUAAGGGACAGAUCUAUAAGCAGGGAAAUCUUGUAGACUUUCUGAAGCUAACAGGAUGGCGGGGAUCCAAGGUUUUUUAUUUUGGCGAUCAUCUCUAUAGUGACUUGGCGGACCUGAUGCUACGUCAUGGGUGGAGGACGGGCGCGAUCGUGCCCGAACUUGAGAUGGAGACGAAGGUGGUGAACACAGAGCAGUACGCUCAAAGUCUCACGUGGCUGCAGGCACUCACCGGAUUGCUGGAGCGCAUGCAGAUGUAUCGGGAUCCUGAGUCAAAGAAAGUUCUGCAAGAGUGGCUGAAAGAGAGAGAGGAGCUACGGGCAGUCACCAAGAACCUCUUCAACCCUCACUUUGGCAGCAUAUUUCGUACCUGCCACAACCCCACCUACUUUUCCCGCCGCCUGUGCCGUUUCUCAGACCUCUACAUGGCCUCUAUCAGCUGCCUGCUGAACUACGACCUCUCUUACACUUUUUACCCACGCCGAACGCCCCUGCAGCACGAAGCCCCCCUCUGGAUGGACCAACUCUGCACUGGCUGCAUGAAGACGCCCUUCUUGGAGGAGAUGGCCCAUAUUCGUUAAAGCCACCAAAGGUUUAAUGUACAAAUAUGAACUGAGUGGAAUGAGGGGUGUGUGUGUCUCUAUAGCAUUGGAGACGUGGCACUUUUUGCGCAAACGCCACAUGCAACAGGGCCAUCUGCUGGAUGUUGGGUUACAUUGCAUCUCAGUGUUCUCAAGCCUUAGACAAUGAAAGACAAAGGCUUGUUGAUUAAUUUCUUCUUAUGUUCUUACCUCUAACUUUUUUACAUUUGAUGCCAUUGCAUUACGUAUUACUAAACAUAGUUAAAUGUUAUGUGGUUUACAGUUCUCUCUCUUUUUUUUUUUUUUUUUUUUUUUUUUUUGGUUUUGUAGAUUAAUCCUGUGCGUCAUGAGUUUUGUAGUUGCAACAGAGUGAUGUUUGUAUUAACAUGAAUCAUGAUAACACGAAGGAUGAAAUAUAUUCUACUUGUGGUAGCCAGACCUUUUUACUCUGGUAGGCCAAAGUAUUGAGCCGCUGGCCAAAAAUGCACAAUAUAAGUUACAAUUACAGUAGGUCUGAUUAAAUGUAUGAUUAGGUCAAAUAGCUUCAUAGAUUUGGUGUUGUAAUGUUACUUACCUUCCCCACACUACAGUAAUAAUGUAGCCUAGACUCAAAGUUUAGACAUGCAGAAAUAAUGACAGCCUCCACAGCUUUUUAUUGCUAGAGAAAUGAUCUUGUUUUUUUUUUUAAAUUGACAGCUGUAUUUACACACAAGGAAGCUCCUGGAGGGCCAAACCAAAUGCUGUUGUUAUUUUUGACCUUGCAGGCCUUUGCUGUUUGUAGCUUUGGACUAAGCCUCUGUACAAUCGGAGCGUUGUUUGCUUACAGUUAAAUCUGUGAAUAGCUAUGCUGCUAAAUUCAGUUUUCCAGGAACAAGAAAGAUGUCAUCUUUUUGUAUGUACUUGCUCUACAAUUUAUAAAAUCAAAUAAAAGGCUUUGUAUUAA